AUGGAUUGCUUGCUUCUUGAAAAAUCAGGUUGCGUUGCUUGCCAGAAGGAAGGUAGUGACCAGGAAUCAGGUGAAGGACAGAUCGAACCUAAAGAAUUAAGUAAAAAGAUAAAACCGGAAACAUCACAUGUCCGAAUAGUAACAGUUGGUAGUGAAAAAUUCUAUGAAUGCACAGUAUGCAAAAAGAGGUUCCAUGCUCGUAGUCAAGUGGCAUACCAUGCAUAUUGCAAUGGACAAAGGAAGCCAUAUCAGUGUCCUGAAUGCAAUAAGAGUUUUGCAACUCACUCUCACUUCAAAUACCAUAUGCGGGUUCAUCGCAAUGAGAGAACUUAUGCCUGUGAGGUGUGUGGUGACAGCUUCUUUCAGAUGUCAAAGUUGCAACGUCACAAGUUAAAGCAUACAAAAGAAAAGAAAUAUGCGUGCGCAGAGUGCAAUAAAGGUUUUAACAAUUUGACGUCACUGCGUAAGCAUGGUCUCACACAUACGGAAGAGCGUCCUUAUCAGUGUAAUGCUUGUGGUCGUCGCUUCAGGGAUGGAUCAAAUUAUAGGAAACAUGUUGCAAAGCAUGAGAUGAAGAAGUGCACGUGCACCGGUUGCGGUCGGUCGGGGAGCUGCGGGGGCGGAGGUGUGGCGUCGGCGGCACGGGCGCUCCGCCCACACCAGUGCCCUCGCUGUCCGCAGGCAUUCCACUCCGGCAAAGACAUGCGACGUCACGCGGCCGUGCACUCGGACUCCAAACCAUUCCGCUGCAAAGUCUGCAACAGGCGUUUCAGGCGAAAGGACAAUUUGGAGCGCCACAUCAGGAACACCCACCCGGAGUAUGUGCCGGCCACGGCGGUGGAAUGCGACGAGAGCGCGCUGAAACAAGUCGCCGGUACAAACGGACAAGCGGAAAAGCAAGUAGACACGAACGGUGUCAACGAGAAGAACAAGUUGGAGAUUCUCAACCCGCUGCCGCCUUUAACGCAAGAAGUCAUACAGAAGCACAUGUACCUAGAAGUGGAAACGGACCCGAAGAAGGAGUGCGUAGCGGAGAAACCCAGCAAGGAGGAUCACAUCGACAAGUCCUACAUUCUGGAGGCGAACAACGCGAGGCAAAGCGUCAUAGUGGAGAAACGAAACGCCGACAGCGAGAGGAAACCCACCAGUCCAGUGCCCGAGUAUGGCUACGUCCACAAAAUAAGGAGAGCCAACCUCAUGCGAAAUCCAAAAGAGCUACCCCUCCCUCCGAUUGACGAACAGAAGAUGUUGAAACUUAAAGAGAACAGCGACCUGAACGAGUUUCAUUCGCGCCCGCCGCUGAAGAACGUGGAGCUAUACAAAUUGAUACUGUCGUCCAGCGACAAACAAGUUAUGGGUCAGAUCUCACCAAGCGCUAAUAUGGAAGCU